AUGGUUGCUUAUAAGAACCUCAGCUUUGCAGCUGUCCUGUCUCUUGGCCUUGCCGCCCACGGACUGGCCGCCAAGACUGAAGCCACCAAUCUUGUCGCUCGCGGUGUCGAGUCUGAUGGUGCUCCUGAGUUUGUUACCCGCGACACCCCCGCCGAGCUGGAGGAGCGUGACGAAGAAGGCGAGCUAGAGGCCCGCGACCUUCUUGAAGAGCUUUACGAGCGCGAUAUGUACGAGGAAGACGAGUAUCUAUUUGCCCGUGGCCCAGGGAAGAAGGACCGUCCUGCCCCCCCCGACCCUAA